CUUUCCUAACAAUUUAACAAAAUACAAAAGCAUUAAUAGUAAUCACAACUUACAGAAGCUGAGCAUAUGUUAGCUAAACAAUAUCUCUCUUCCCUCCAAUUAGAAUUUCAAAGUUGCAGAAGAUGGGCUUCAAAACCAACAUUUAUCUUCUCCUCCUUGCCUGCAUUUUGUGGAUAUCUUCAAAUGCGGAUCCUGGACAAGUUCAACCACCAUCUUAUGACCCGCGUGUUAUGUUGAAGAGGUACAGGAAUUGGAUGCAGACUCAUGGAAAAGAAUACAAAGACCAAAAUGAAUGGGAGCUACGCUUUGGAAUCUACCAGUCUAAUCUUCAGUUCGUUGAGUAUAUAAAUUCUCAGAACCUUACCUUCAAGCUUACUGACAACAGCUUUGCAGAUAUGACAAACGAGGAGUUUAAUUCCUUAUUCACAGGUCGUUUGACAAGCAUAGCACCAGGAAAGAAUCUUGGACCAGCCAAUAAAACAAACCAACAUCAUCAUAUGCCAAGAGAGGUUGACUGGAGAGACAUGGAUGCAGUUGUUCAUGUCAAGGACCAGGGCUCAUGUGGAAGCUGCUGGGCUUUUUCUGCAAUUGCAGCAGUUGAAGGACUCCACAAAAUCAAAACUGGGGAGUUGGUUUCUUUGUCAGAGCAAGAACUGGUUGACUGUGACCGUGGUGAAAAUUUAGGUUGCAGAGGAGGGUUCAUGGAAGCAGCCUUUGAGUACAUAAAAGUAAAUGGUGGUGUAGCCUCUGAAAAACACUACCCGUACAAAGGAAAAGAUGGCAGGUGUAAUGCUCAGAAAGAAAAACGUCAUGCUGUAAAAAUUGAGGGUUAUAAGACAGUACCUGAAAACGAUGAAGAGAGCCUGCAAGCCAUAGUUGCCAUGCAGCCUGUAUCUGUUGCCAUUGAUGCUGGUGGCUAUGAAUUUCAGCUAUAUGACAGUGGUAUAUUUGAUGGCUACUGUGGGACAAGCCUUAACCAUGGUGUAACUGCUGUUGGUUAUGGAGAAGAAGAAGAAGGCAAUAAGUACUGGAUUGUAAAGAAUUCAUGGGGUACUCAAUGGGGAGAACAGGGCUACAUCAGGAUGAAACGUGAUUCAUCAGAAAAAUCAGGUCUAUGUGGAAUAGCAAUGCAAGCCAGUUACCCCGUUUAACCUACAUCAAAAUGUUUCCCAAUUUUAAUGCAUUAUGCCAGUAAAUGUAAGUUAAAGUAUCCAUUUUCAAACAAUUAUAAAAGUUCGAAGCUUAUUAUUA